AUGUUCUUCAAAGCCGUUUGGAAAGAGCUUCGCGAAGAAGGAUGGACCUCAAAGCGACCCCCACAAAAUGCGCUGGACUCGUUCUAUCGCUACAUUCGCCCAGGAUCGGAUUUAAAGGGCAAGGAGGGGAAACAUUUCUUCUGUAGCCGCUAUGGCAAACGAGGACAUCGAGGGUCGUCACUCAGAAGUGCCACUGGGGGUGCUUUCGAGUAUGUCUCCACCACAACCGGCAAUACUUCGACAGUACAAGACAGCCUUGAGGAGCUACAAGAAGCUCCGGUUCAGUACAGCCCCAGCCAAGUGAUACCAACAAGCUUUGCGGAGGUGGAGGCGAGCAAACCCCAUGCAAUUUGA